GAAGCAAUCCCCGCCCAUUGGACCGCGUCUUACUCAGGCUCCCGCGGCUCCUUCGCCCGCAGCCUCUUCCACAUCCUCUGCGCCAUCAGCGUCGGCCACACCAGCCUCGACCGCAAGUGGGUCGCGACCACCGCCGGCGGCGACGUCUUCGCCCGCGACCGCGAGUCCCUCAUCAACCGCAUCACCACCCUCACCGUCGUCGCAGGCCUGCUCCUCACCUCCGCCGCCGCGCUCGUCACCACCCCUCCACCCUCGCCCGCGAUCCUCGACUACACCGCGCGCGGGCCCUGCAUCGCCCUCUGGGCCUCCUUCGGCAUCCUCCUCGGCGGCAUCAUCGUCGCCUCCGCCGACCUGUACGUGCUCGCGACGUGCGACGCCCGCUUCAUGGCCGACGUCCUCAUGGCGACCCGCGCCCGCGUCGUCUGCUCCCUCACCCUCCUCGCCUACCCGUUCUUCUCCAUCGGCGGCGGCGCGCUCCUCAGCGUUUGCGCGUUGUUGGUCGCCGCGUGGAACUCGCCCGACCCGGUCAUCCGCGUCGGAUGCGUCUUUCUUUUCGCAGUGCCCGUCACGAUGCUCCUUGUCUUCGUCGCCGCCGCG